AUGGAGCGGGCGCUGGGGCUGCCCGCAGAAGAGGACCUCUUCCACAAGAGCCUCGCCGCCUCGGCCAAGCGCAUGGAGUCCGCCUUCCGCUCGCCCCCGGGGCUCGACCUUUCCCACCCCCGCGACCGCCAGCCCUCGCCGCUCGCCUGCUACGAGGCGUCGGAGCCCGAGGCGCUGCUGCAGCCCGGAGUCGGCGGCGACCCGCUGGCGCUGCCGCCGGGCUCCGUCUGCGUCAAGUACGGCGAGAGCGCCAGCCGCAGCUCGGUGGCCGAGAGCAGCGGCGGCGAGCAGAGCCCCGACGACGACAGCGACGGCCGCUGCGAGCUGGUGCUGCGCGGCGCCGGGGGGGACCCGCGCGUCGCCUCGCCGGCGGCGGGCGGCGGCGGAGGGGGGGGCGGGGGGCUGAAGGCGGCCGAGGGCAGCUGCUCCAACAGCCACGGGCACGGCGGCAGCAAGAAGUCCAAGGAGCAGAAGGCGCUGCGGCUCAACAUCAACGCGCGGGAGCGGCGGCGGAUGCACGACCUGAACGACGCGCUGGACGAGCUGCGGGCGGUCAUCCCCUACGCGCACAGUCCCUCGGUGCGGAAGCUCUCCAAGAUCGCCACGCUCCUCCUGGCCAAGAACUACAUCCUGAUGCAGGCGCAGGCCCUGGAGGAGAUGCGGCGCUUGGUGGCUUAUCUCAACCAGGGCCAGGCCAUCUCGGCCGCCUCCCUGCCCAGCUCCGCCGCGGCGGCGGCGGCAGCGGCGGCGGCGCUGCACCCCGCCCUUGGCGCCUACGAGCAGGCGGCCGGUUACCCCUUCAGCGCCGGGCUGCCCCCCGCCACCUCCUGCCCGGAGAAAUGUGCCAUCUUCAACAGCGUCUCCUCCAGCCUCUGCAAACAGUGCACGGAGAAGCCUUAAGCGCCGCCGCCGUGGCCGCCCCCCCCGC